AUGGAUGAGCUUACUCGCAGAUUUUUAAAGAGUUUCAUGGUCAAAAUCGUACCAUCCGAGAAAAGUCAAAACAAAAAAGAUUCAAUUGAUACAAUUUCAGAAACAGUUCUUGAUAUUUUCGUUGAUGCAACAUUUUAUUAUAUGAAGUGCAUUACUAAGCAGGCUACAAAUGUUGCUGAACAUGCAGGAAGAACAGAAGUUCAUGCUGGAGACGUUUUUGAUGCAUUAUGGAACUACCACGAAAAUGUUGAAUCUCUUUGUCAAUUUAUUGUCGAUUUCCCUAAGGUAGAUACAAUCCAGGUUAGUCCUUAUCCGAUUGAAUUGUCUGAAACGGUAACUCCAGGUGAUUAUCCAUAUAGAGCGGAUGCAAUCGUAGAAUUUGCUGGAGAGAACCAAAAUAAAUUACCACCUCAUGUUCCUCAAUUCUUACCCGCAAUUGCUGAAAGUAAUUUCGACGACAUUACAGAAUUCAACGAUCCGUCCAUUGAAGUCACGAAUGAGACUUUUCUGGCUAAGAUUAACGUCGGAAACUGUCCACUUGUUGAUACGAUUAUUCAAAGCCUGAUGGCAAAAAUCGAACAAGAACAAGAUGCUCAAUAA